ACCGCGGCGCCGGGAAAGGUCCCCUGUCCGGCUUCCCGCGGGAGUAGGGGCCUGGGUCUCCGCGCACCAUGAAGAGCGAGGUCCUAGGGGAGGAUGCGCUGCUGCAGAAGCUCAAGGACAGCCGCCGCCGCUUCCAGAGGCGCAUGCAGCAGCUGAUGGAGAAGUACAACCAGCCCUUCGAGGACGCCCCAGUGGUGCAGAUGUCCACGCUGACCUACGAGACGCCCCAGGGAUUGCGAAUUUGGGGUGGAAGACUGUUAAAAGAAAGAAGCACAGGACAAAUGCAGGGCUCCCCUGAGGAGACAAGCAGCAGGAAAGAUCAGCCUGUGCAGGUCACAGCCGGAGGUCUCGAGCAUCCUUGGUCCUGCACACAAGUUGAGGAUUCAAAAAGCAGUGAUGUGGAUACAACUUUAUACCAGGAGGAUGUGAUCGCUGGGAACUUAACGCCUGCAGUGCCGUGGAGCCCUUUGAAAAACGAGUUAAGGAAGAAGUACUUGACGCAAGUGGAUGCCCUGCUGCAGGACGAAGGGCGUUCAGGGUGCGCCGGUUCCGGAGAGGGAAAGGACUCGCCUGUGACCCUGGGCCCUUCGCUGGCCUCGCCCGCCAGGCCUGCCCGCCGACGCUGUGGUGACAUCUCUGAAAAGAGCUCUGCUGGCCCAUUUCAGCCAAUUUCAUCUCCCAGAGAGGGCGAUGCUUCACCCCUGUGCCCAGCCGACCUGGCUGUGGUGCCGACAAGUGACAGCCCCCCCUCACACGGGACUGGCGCCAGCAGCUUCUCAAGUAGCCAGUGCUUUGAGGCCGACGACAUCUGCAACGCAACGCUCAGCGACCUGUACGCGGGCAUGCUGCACUCCAUGAGCCGGCUGCUGGGCGCCAGGCCUUCCUGCGUCAUCACCACCAAGACGUUCAUCGGCCGGAACUGGAACUCGAGACGGAGAUACAGGUGCAAGAGCAGGGCGAACCAGACGGGCUGCCGAGGAGGCGGCCACGCCCGGAGGAGCCCCCAGGAGAGACAUCCACCCUGCUCCGGGCCCGGGAAGGACGUGGCAGUGUUAAGAGACUGCAAGAACUUACUCGAUGUUUCUGGCCAUAAGACAGGUUUGAAAUCCGGAGAGGCUUUCCUAGAAGUAAACAGACCCCAAAGCCAGGCGUUCGCCCCAAGUUGGAAGGAGCUUUGGAGAACACCCCAGAAGCGUUCUUCACUGACUUACUUAGACUCCAAUGCAGUGCAUCAUCUUGAUCAGGAAAACAGAUUUAUGACAUUGAAGUGGUUAAUCUCUCCUGUGAAGAUAGCUUCCAGGCCCAGCGUUCUGUGGGGCGAGGGGGGGAAUCGGCACAGGGAGAUUGAGAUCAGAUUUGACAGGCUUCACCGGGAAUACUGCUUGAGUCCCAGGAAGCAGCUGUGUCUGACCUACCCCACUGGCUCCUCAGCUGUGGGUGCGUACACAGGGGGUCCAGGGAGCACCGGUGGCCACCGGGGCUUAGAAGCCCCCAGGCCAGGUAGCCCUCUCCUCAGAGCAAAAGCUAAGAGGCUAAGUGAGGCUUUUGAAAACCUGGGCAAAAGCUCUGUCAGAGCUGGUCGCUGCCUGCCAGAGAGGGGCUCCUUCCCCUCCCUUUCGAAGACCGACCCCGCACUCAGCCCAGGCCGCUCGGAGCAGACCUCUGGCCGCGUUUGUCAAGGAAAUGAUCUGGGAAGAUUGAGAGAGUCAGGAUCACUCAGCAGAGCCAUUUCAGUACCAAGGGUACAACCUCCAGGCUCUACAAAAGGUCGUUACGAUGUUAUUAAAGAAAAAUUUGACAAGCUCCAUCAGAAGUAUUGCCAAAAAUCGCCUCAGCGGAUGCAGGCGCCUUCGUGUACCGGAGCAUCUCCAGAGAAAGCAAGUGUGAGACUUCGGUGUCAAAAAGAAGACUUCUUUGGAAAAUUAAGUUCAGACGCUGGCUUCCAUGGUCCCCCAAAGUUGUCACCAUCACACCCGUGGAGCAUAAAAAGUCCCCUGAGCUCAAGCACUGUCAGGGCCCCUCCCUCUGCAGCCUUUGCCCUCGAUGCCAGUGGGGACCAUCGGUUCCCCACAAAACGACGCCGACUGUCAGACCCUCAGGUUUGCAGACAAUGGGCCGGACCUCGGGGUUUCUCCCCUGCGGGCAGGCCCACCCUGAGCCCCUGGGAAGAGGUUGGCCCUUUGCAGCCCAACUGGGAAGAGAAGAAGAGGAAAGAACAACACAUCUUUCAGAAUGGAAGAGAAAAAUGAUUUUGACUCAAAGCUGGAAAUCUAUAGCCAAGUUAUUUUAGAAUAUUUCCCUCUUUCCCUUUGUGCUUUGUGUAUUUUUUUUUAAUUCUAAGGAAUAUAUGAGAACUUGCUUCACUUACCUGCCCUUCAAAGCAAAUUUCAAUGAAAUUGGUUCCAUUGAGAUGAC